ACUUUCAGUCCGAAAAGAUAUUUUCGACUUUGGUCACCACAAGUUGCGGUCUUUCGUCCACUAGUUGCUCUGCUCAGAAACUCAAAAGAAGAACCGGCAACACGUAGACGCUAGAGAGAGAGAGAGAGAGAGAGAGAUGGACAUGUAUGUGACAGAGGGUUUGGGCAAAUUCUCAGUAUUCGGAGAGAAACCUUUAGCUGUAUCAGUGGCCUCGACCAACUUUCUCAGAAACCCAGUUCUAAUUAGACCACCCACUUCUCAUAUCCAUCAUUGUAAUACGCAUAUGAUCUCUGGCAGAGUUCCAGUACCGGUGAGGAGGACGUGCCGCUGCAGUAUCGACGCCAAGUCCGUUGGAGGCGAUGUGUUCUCGGUCACGUCUUCCAGCAAGAGCGACGUUGAUUAUCUGGGACAGAGCACCAAAGGGGAUUUGAAUCUUAAGUUGGAGCAUCUUGAGGCUUUUGGACUUGAUGGUCAGGAAACCUUAGAAGGUCCCAUUGAGGAAGUAGCCAGGGCAGAGGCUCAUGAAGCUGAGGGUUUGCUUACAGACUUGGGUAUCCCGAGCCCUUAUUCGUCAAGACUCUCACCUCGUGGUAUAUUCUGCACUCGUACGUUGAAUCUCCGAUCCAUCAGUGCCAUUGGAUAUGACAUGGACUAUACCUUGAUGCACUAUAAUGUGAUGGCUUGGGAAGGACGGGCAUAUGACUACUGUAUGGAGAAUUUAAGGAACAUGGGUUUUCCUGUUGAUGGACUUGCGUUCGACCCAGACUUGGUUAUUAGAGGCCUUGUGAUAGACAAAGAGAGAGGUAACUUGGUUAAGGCUGAUCGAUUUGGUUAUAUAAAGAGGGCUAUGCAUGGCACCAAGAUGCUAUCUACUCGAGUUGUAAGUGAGAUGUAUGGGAGGGAAUUGGUGGAUCUGCGGAAGGAAAGUCGAUGGGAGUUCAUGAAUACUUUAUUCUCUGUUUCAGAAGCUGUGGCUUAUAUGCAGAUGGUCGACAGAUUGGAUGAUGGAGCAAUAGCUUCAGAACUUGGUCCACUUGAUUAUAAAGGGCUUUAUAAGGCCGUUGGAAGAGCCCUCUUUGAGGCACAUGUAGAAGGUCGACUUAAGAGUGAGAUAAUGUCUAAGCCCGAACUGUUUGUUGAGCCUGAUCCAGAACUGCCUUUGGCACUUUUGGACCAAAAGGAGGCUGGUAAAAAGCUUUUGCUUAUUACCAACUCAGAUUAUCAUUACACAGACAAGAUGAUGCAGCAUUCCUUUAACAGAUUUCUUCCCAACGAUAUGGGUUGGCGAGACCUAUUUGAUAUUGUAAUAGUCUCAGCAAGGAAGCCAGAAUUCUUCCAAAUGUCACAACCGUUGUAUGAGGUGGUGACAGGGGAAGGCCUUAUGAGUCCAUGCUUCAAGGCUCGUACAGGGGGCUUGUAUUCAGGAGGAAGUGCUCAAAUGGUUGAGAAUUCCUUAAAUAUCCAUGGAGAUGAGAUACUGUAUGUUGGUGACCAUAUUUACACUGAUGUGAGUCAAUCCAAAGUCCAUCUUCGAUGGCGAACAGCAUUGAUUUGUCGAGAAUUGGAAGAGGAGUAUAGUGCUUUGAUUCUUAGUCGAGGGCAUAGAGCAUCACUAGUAGAGCUUAUAAAUCAAAAGGAGGUAGUAGGGGAUCUUUUUAACCAACUUCGGCUUGCUCUGCAAAGGCGUACAAAAGCACGUCCGGCUCAAACCCUUGCUGCUACUAACAUGAAUGAUGAAGAACUCACAGAAAGCAUGCAAAAGUUACUUAUUGUUAUGCAAAGACUAGAUGAAAAAAUUGCUCCAAUGCUAGAAGCAGAUGGGGAGCUCUUCAACAAAAGGUGGGGUUUCCUUUCACGUGCAGGUCUGUGGGACAAAAGCCAUUUGAUGAGACAAAUUGAGAAGUAUGCUGAUAUAUAUACUUCUAGGGUCUCAAAUUUCUUACAUUACACACCCUUCAUGUAUUUCCAGUCACAAGAACAGACGCUUGCUCAUGAUUCAUAUUCAUACUACUGUUCGCAGCUCAAUGGGACAGCCACUGACAAUUAACGCAAAUUUUGUGUUGUAGACUAUCCAUGACACUAUGACAAGUGAUGGUCAUAUAAAUUAUCAUUUGUUGACUCAAACAGUGUUCUUUCUAUACAAGCCCUGAUGGUGACAGGGUAUAAAGAAACAGUUAGAGCAUGAUCAUGAUUAAUCCUAACUAACAUUCUAUUUCAA